AUGACUGCUAAAGUUAUUGUUUCCGGAGGAACAGGUUUCAUUGCUCAACAUAUCCUUGAACAACUAUUAAACCACAAUUACAAUAUUGUUACCACAGUUAGAUCACAGGCUAAAGGUGACCACUUGUUACAAUUGUUUAAUUCGCCAUCAACAUUAAGUUAUGAAAUUGUUGAAGAUGUUGGUAAACCAGGUGCAUUUGACCAAGUAUUACAAAAGAAUCAAGAUGCCACAGUUUUCUUACAUACUGCCUCUCCAUUCCAUUUUAAAGCUACCGAUAUAGCUAAAGAAUUACUUGAACCGGCAGUUGAAGGUACCAAGAAUGCAUUGAAGGCGAUUCAAAAAUAUGGAAAAAAUAUCAAAAAUGUAGUUAUUACUUCAUCUUUCGCUGCUGUUGGAACUGCCAGCAAGACUACUGAUCCAAAUUACACAUUCACUGAACAAGAUUGGAACGAAAUUAAAUGGGAUGAAGCGGUUCAAAAUGCGGUUAGUGGAUAUAGAGGAUCCAAAACAUUUGCUGAACGAGCAGCAUGGGAUUUUAUCAAAGAAAACGAUUCCCAAUUUAGUUUGACUACAGUGAAUCCCGGUUUUACAUUUGGUCCACAAUUAUUCACAUCCGAAGUUAAAGAUCAAUUGAAUACAUCAUCAGAAGUGAUUAACUCCAUUUUGAAAUUGAAACCAACAGAUUCAAUCCCUACCUUUAGAGGUACUUGGGUCGAUGUACGCGAUGUAGCAAAAGCUCAUGUUGUUGCAUUUGAGAAUCCAAAAGCCAAAAACGAGAGAUUGAUUUUAACUGCUGGUAGUUUUACUGAACAAUCAAUUGUUGAUUUGAUUAACGCUAAAUUCCCUGAUUUGAAUCUCCCAAAGGGUGAACCAGGCACCGAUGAACAAGUGAUUAAGGAGAAAUUGGCAACUGUUGACAAUUCAAAGACGAGACAGAUUUUAGGAUUUAAGUUUAUUGAUCUUGGUAAAUCGGUUAUUGAUUCCGUGCAACAAAUCUUGGAAGCCAAGAAAAGUAGAAGUGGUGCUUUGUAA